AGAGACAGCGUCCGAUGUGUCUUUUUUCUGCACAUCACUUUGGAAAUUUGCGCUCGUGUAGUCCUGCUUCGCGGUACUCACCUGCCGGGGCUGUGUGGCUGUGAGCGGCUGACAACUGAUUUAAUAGGAUAAUCAGACUAAUUGCCUCCUCUCAUAUAGCCCUUCAUUGAUUCUGUCGACCAUUCCCCUAAUGACUGUCAUGAUUUUCUUCAUUUUCUUCUGUCCUGUUGUUUCAAAGUGACCGGCUGCAGGUGUUUUUGUGCUCUGAUUUGCGCCAGUCCAGGCUGGCAAUAUGUAAUUUUGGGAUAGACGCUGCGGUUUUUAUUUUUGGAGAAGUGGACUAUUUCACAGCUGGGAUUCCUUGUUUUUUUUUAAAAAACCCUUACUGCUUUACUCUGUAGACCAGAACAGAUUCUGAUACACCGUGAUGGUGUGGGGCUAUCAGAACUGACAGCAGAGUGCACGCUAUCAUUUGGAAACUGCUUGUGGGACUGGUAAAAAAUGAAAGCUCCCAUUCCUCUUCUGAUCCUGCUUCAUGCCGUUGUGGUCCAUUGCCUGAAAGUGGUGUCGAAGAGAGGCUCAGUGGAAGGCUGCACAGAUUGGUCAGUGGACUACCUGAAAUAUAAGGUGCUUCUGGGGGAACCUGUACGGAUUAAGUGUGCUUUAUUCUAUGGAUAUAUACGGGCCAACUACACCCAUGCGCAGAGCGCAGGACUUAGCCUUAUGUGGUACAAAAGUGCAGGACACGGGGACUUCGAGGAACCCAUCAGUUUUGACGGCACAAGAAUGAGCAAAGAGGAGGACGCCAUAUGGUUUCGACCAGCAGAGUUGGACGAUGUGGGGUACUAUUCCUGCGUAUUAAGGAACUCCACAUACUGCAUGAAGGUGUCCAUGUCUCUCACAGUGGCGGAGAAUGACACAGACCUCUGCUACAACUCCAAAAUGAGGUUCUUUGAGAAGGCAGAACUAAGCAAAAGCAAAGAAAUCACCUGCCCAGGCAUUGAGGAUUAUAUACAGCCGGGAGUUGAUUCUGAGAUUGUGUGGUACAAGGAAUGCAAGCCAAAGCAGUGGAGACAAACCAUAGAAAGGAGGAGGGAUAUUCUGUCCAUCAAGGAAGUACGGGAAGAUGACAUUGGGAAUUACACCUGCGAAUUACAGUUUGGGAACUUUGUGGUACGGAGGACUACUGAGCUGUCCGUCACAGCUCCCCUGACAGACAAGCCGCCAAAAAUCCUUUUCCCUUCAGAGAGCCAAAUGAGCGUCAUAGAGAUGGCAAUAGGAACCCCUGUCAACCUGACGUGCAGAGCCUUCUUUGGAUACAGCGGGGACGUCAGUCCACUUAUCUACUGGAUGAAGGGGGAUAAGUUCAUUGAGGAUCUGGAUGAGGAGCGGGUUCAGGAGAGUGAAAUCAAGACAAUCCGGGAGCACUUGGGGGAGCAGGAGGUCUCCAUCUCUCUGACCAUCGACUCCCUGGAGGAGAGCGACCUGGGCAACUACUCCUGCUACGUGGAGAAUGGUAACGGGCGGAGACAGGCCAACAUCCAGCUCACAAAGAAAGCAGAGCUGAUGUACACAGUGGAGCUGGCCGGAGGUCUGGGAGCCAUCCUGCUGCUGCUGAUCUGUCUUGUGACGCUGUACAAGUGCUACAGGAUCGAGCUCAUGCUCUUCUACAGGAACCACUUUGGCAGUGAGGACAUAGAUGGAGAUAACAAGGACUACGACGCUUACCUGUCCUACACCAAAGUGGACCCGGACCAAUGGAGCCAGGAGACCCGAGAGGAGGAGCGUUUUGCCCUGGAGAUCCUCCCCGACGUGCUGGAGAAGCAUUAUGGGUAUAAACUCUUCAUUCCAGACAGGGACUUGAUCCCCACAGGAAGUUUCACCAAUGAUCAUUUCCAGGAUGACACAAGACUACUUAGAGCCUACAUCGAGGACGUAGCGCGCUGUGUGGACCAGAGCAAGCGCCUCAUCAUCGUGAUGACGCCCAGCUAUGUCGUGCGGAGGGGGUGGAGCAUCUUUGAGCUGGAGACGAGGCUGCGCAACAUGCUGGUGACCGGCGAGAUCAAGGUCAUCCUGAUCGAGUGCGCUGAGCUGCGCGGCAUCAUGAACUACCAGGAAGUGGAGGCCCUCAAACACACCAUCAAGAUGCUGACGGUCAUCAAGUGGCGCGGGCCAUCCAGCAACAAGCUCAACUCCAAGUUCUGGAAGCAGCUGCUCUACGAGAUGCCCUUCAAGCGCAUGGAGCCCCUGAGCAUCUCCCACGAGCAGGUGCUGGACGUCAGCGAGCAGGGCCCCUUCAGCGAACUCCAGACCGUCUCGGCCAUCUCCAUGGCGGCAGCCACCUCCACCGCCAUGGCGACGGCACACCCGGACUUGCGCUCAACCUUCCACAACUCUUGCCACACCCAGAUGAGGCAGAAACACUAUUACCGUAGCUACGACUACGACCUGCCGCCCGGCGGCACGCUCCCACCACUCUCCUCUCUAGGCAACCAGCACACUUACUGCAACAUCCCCAUGACGCUCAUCAACGGACAGCGGCCGCAGUCCAAGUCGCCGCGCCAGCAGAGCCUGGAGGAGGCCCACGGCAACAACGCCAUGCUGCCGCUUCUGCCCAGAGAGACCAGUAUAUCCAGUGUCAUCUGGUGACAGAGACGGCGCCAGGCAGGAUAGACUGUGGAUCUAUAAGAUGUCCGUCACAGGGAGGACUCACCACUGGCACUUGGACCCUGAAUGCACCGGAGCCAGAUGGACCUGAUUGGCACUAAGCUACUUGCUGCUGUUGAAUUUGCACCAGGAAACACCAGGGGGAGGGGAGGGAGGACGGGGCGUCAGACACACUGGACGCAUUGGUGAUGGAGGUGGUGGCAGAUUUUUUCUUUUUUUUUUUUUUUUGUUUUUGGUCCAAUAAGAGCUUUUAUUAAAACUGAACAACAAAAAAGAAGCAAGGAGAACUUUUUUGUAUGCCUGUAUAAACACUCACGUAACACAAGCCAACACCUAUGAUCAUUUACCCAGAGAGUCAAGGAAUACAGGGUCCUGUACAUACGUUUUUCUAAUUCUUUGUAGCAUCAGUGUUUGGGACUUGUUUCUUGUUUAUGUUUUAACAUCAGUUGGGACUCGUUUUUUAAUUUCUUUUGUUUAAAAGUGAAGCAAUGGCCUGUGAGAUGUUUUGGAUAAACCGUUGUUACCUUUAUCUUAAUUUGUUGGCUGGUGUAGUUUAUAAAGCUUUGGGGUUUUUUCGGGGGGUGGGUGGGAGUCAAGUCGCAGCCUUUCGGGAGAUGAGAACGAAUUGGUUUGGAUUUCCAAGGGUUUCAGCUGGCUGCCGUAAGGGUUGAGAACUGGACUCUGGACUCAACCAGAAUAUGCAAAAUAUGGAGUCCAGAGAGCGGAGAGAAGAUGGGUUUUCAAAAUCGAUCAUAUUCCAACGCUUUCAGAAAAGUCAUAUCUGUGAAGGGGGAUAUGAAGAAUAUGGUGCUAGGCUUCACAUCUCUCUGUUUCUCUCACGAUAACAUUUACUUUUAAAAAAACAGCCUUGCUCUUUACCUUAACAGAUGAAUAUAUCACCGAAAAUUAAUUAUGUGUAUUAUUUUAUGAAAAAAGAAAAGUCUAUUUUUGUAACUGAGGGAUAUUUGCUUAGAGAAGUUAUACCUAUAAAGUUUCUGUCAGAAGGAAUUUGGGAAACAUAAUAAAAAAAAAACAAUGUUUUGUUAUGUGGAACUGCACAGCUCACGAAAAUCGAUAGGUCGUUCACUAAAUGUCUUACCCUUAUAUUGCAAGAGAAAAAAAAAAAGUUUUUUGUGUUUUCAUCAUUAAAAAAAAAGAAGCAGUUUUGACAUUUCAAACGCACCACUACUGAUUGCAACUCAGCGGGCUUUUUAUGUUCGUUGAUUUAACAGCCAUCGCAGCGAUUCGCGGUUGAUUUAACAAGGACGGAGCUACACUAUCGAUGAUGUCAGCACAGAUGGAGGAGCCUUGACAUCCAGUGUCACCUGAAGCAUUUACUGUACCUGGUUUCCUCCGUAGGACCAAACAAGGCUGUCCAGGGCUAAACCAUUAUCUCUGUUAUUCAUUUCCUCUUAAAUGACAGCUCUGUUAUUUCUUUGCCAUCCGGCUUGUCAAUGGAAGUGAUUUGUCAGUUGAGUUACGCUCUAUAAAAUAGGGCUUUCACAUCUCGGUUCUGAGCACUUUGAGUCAGCACUGCUGCGAGAUGUGGGAAUACAUUGACUAUGAUGAUGAAGAGUUUCAUUCCAAAAAGAGUCUGCAAACGUCUGAAACACCUUAAAACGGUUGCUGACUUCAUGAUGAACUUGAAAUGUUAUUAAUGUUUAGUUAUUCAUGUUUAAAAAAGUAACAUUUUUAGAGGAUGUAAUCAUUUAUAUUUUUGAGCUACUUACCAGUAAUCAUCAUAGGGUGUCUCCUCAAAGCCUUUUAGAAUGAAACCCUUCAAAAUAAGAUGUAAUUAAUGCUCAAGAGUGACAAGAAAGUGUUUAAAAAUAAAAGUAUAUGGAACUAUACAAUAGAGAUGCUACUUAGAGCGAGUUAGACCAAAGCAAGCUACAGUGAACCAUUCUCCAUUCACAAAACAGUCUCUUUUUUUUUUUGUUCCUCUGAGGGGAAGCUUCCAUUGCGGUCGGUAUGAUUUCAUCAAAUCAUACGAAACAAGAGCUAUUCUCACAUUUCCACUGAGACCUGUGAAGGCGGCCUGUGUGCUCACUCCUCCUGCAGCUGUGCCAUAAUAUUUGUUUUUCAAGAAACUAACCUCAUACUAAAAAAUACCUGCAGCAUCUCAUAACGUAGAGAUGUUUCAUUUAGUGCCAUAAAAUAUGCAAAGUGAGGAACUUGUAAACAAUAAAUGAAGAAUUGUGUUUUUUUCCCUCCCCCUUAUCUUCUUGCAAUCUUCAGUUAUUGCUUUUUUGAUUUUGAUUUUACUGAAUAUUUUAGAACAGGCCUGACAUUUCAAAGAGGAUCAUCCCUCUUCAUGCUUCAGGAGAUCUUUCAAUCAACCAUUAGAUUAUUACAGCCAGGCCUGUUUUUGUCCACCUUCAAUCAGACCCCCCCCCCCCAUGAAAAGUAAGAUUAUGGAUUACGUUCAAGAGCACCGUUUCUGAACAGAGGAGUUUGUCGUGCUCUAUGACGUGAAGUUGUGUAAAUAUAAUCAAGACAAUAAAGUGAUUAAGAUGAAGACAAUCGAGCCAUAUUCAUGAAACCAAUGGUCAUUAUUCACAAGGCCUCUCAAAGUAGAAAUACUAAUCCCGACCGGAGGUAAACACAUGGAAUCGAUGAGAUUUUGACAGGAGUUUGGCGACGGCGCUCCUGCUUUGGGAGGUUGUGUGAAUGCAAAUGUUUGCAUUUUCUAAGUGGGGCGAUACACAUUUUUGUUUCACGAUGAAUUGAACAUUUCUGGCGACUUGGCUUUGAUGAUGAUGAAGAUGAGGAUGAAUAACAAUGACAAUAUAUAGCACAGAAUUAUUCCAGGCACUUUCACGACUCUUGAGACCUCGUCUCUCCUGUUUCUGAUUUAUUUUCUAUUAUGUAUCUGCAAUGUUCAUUAAAAGAGAUACUGUUAUUAUUAAUAAAACCACAUUUACGGUAAUGUGAUUCCACA